AAACGAGUUAACCACUGUGCAGACUCUGGAGAAGCGGUCUCAUCAGUAAGAGAAGGGACGGUAGCUUAUAGCACAAGCUGAGGGACAGAUGGAAAACAAAAACAAAUUUACAGUGCUUCUUCUACUAUCAUUUAUGGCCACCAUUAUUGGCACAUUGGUUUUGAAACACAAGGAUACUCUAACGAUAACAACUCAUCUGACAAAUAAUGCAAUCAAAAUCCAAGAGGAUUCAUAUUCAAUAACGCCCAUCAAAAACUCUGAGCAUUUCAUGGUUUCUGCAUUUAUUGACCACAGACUGGACGGAGCCAUUCGAGUCAUCAGCAUAAUAAAAAGAAACAAUCUUCAGCCACUUUACUGUGUUUACUGUAGCCCCGAACAUGUCUGUGAAACUGUUGAGACUGAUGUCCAGAUACACACUGACCAUUUUGGCUUUCCUUUUCAUGUCGCAGAUGUGAUUUGUAAAGGCAAGAACAUGCAAAGUGCAUCACAUGUUCUCAUAACAACUCAUCCAACAAAAAAUUCAUACAAUAUCAAGAUUGAUUAUUUGCUGAUCAAAAAUAAUGUGGUAUCAGACAGUUUCAAGUAUAACUUCACUGUUUGCAUCUCCAACCUUUUUGGAAGCUACAACAAUGUACUGCAGUUUGCUCAAACUAUGGAGAUGUACAAACUUCUGGGUGUACAGCAUGUGGUCAUCUAUAAUACCAGCUGUGGUCCAGACUUGAAGAAGCUUCUAAUACAUUAUGAAUCAGAAGGGAUACUGGAGAUUGUUUCGUGGCCCAUUGACAAGUUUCUGAAUCCCUCCCCAGGUUGGAAUUUUCAGGAACACAAGGGCGAUCUCCAUUAUUAUGGUCAGUUAGUAACACUCAACGAGUGCAUCUACAGGCACAUGUAUCAAUCCAAAUAUGUUCUUCUGAAUGAUAUUGAUGAGAUCAUAAUGCCAUACAAAUAUACAAAUUUACAGUCUCUUAUGGAAGACCUUCAGUCUGCUGAUCCCAGUAAAGGAGUGUUCCUCAUAGAGAACCACAUAUUCCCCAAAACACAGUUUGAGGACAGCGGGAAGUUCAAGCGAAAAGAAUGGAAUAAUAUAUCUGGAAUCAAUAUCAUGGAGCACAUUUACAGAGAACCUGAACGAAAGAAUAUUUACAAUCCCACAAAGAUGAUAGUCAACCCAAGGAAGGUGGAGCAAACAUCAGUGCAUUCCUCCUUGAUGGACUUUGGAGGGAGUUACCAUGUGCCAUUUAAUGUAUGUAGGAUUGUGCAUGUGAGAGUCCCGCUGCAGGGGAGUCUUACCAAAGGGGAACUCUUCGUAGACAAAAGAGUCUGGGACUUUGAAAAAGAUCUGAUACCGAACGUUGACAGAACUUUGAAACUUUCUGGACUCCUCAAGGAUUCCAGUUGAGAUGUUUGCAUCAGGAAUUUGUAGAAAAAAAUGCCAUCAAAAUUAACAAGAAAUUACAAGAGGGAAUAAUGCCCCAACACAAUUAUACUAAACAAUUGAGGCUACCUGAAAUCAAGUGGAUAUUAUUGAAGUUCAACUUUUCUGAAUUAUGCGUUCAAACACAUUGGGCAUCCUUCAUGGAACAUUUGGAAAUAUAGGUGUAAAUUCUGUGUAAUUUCCAUGUUAUGUGCUUUCUUGAAAACCCUGGGUUCACAAUAUGUUUCGUAAACGUUGCUAUGAUUUACAAUCAGUAUAAUAUAUGACUAUAAUCUCAUUUUGAAGAAUAUUGCUGAAUAUAAAAAUGCCAACAAAGGCUAAUUGUGGAUACAUACCCAAGUCUACAUUUCUGGGAAACUCUUGGAAAUAUACCUGAGGCUACGUCUGGCUGCAUUUUAUGUGUAAAAACGAACGCUAUGUGGCAGUAUAACAGCUUCUGUUCUACUUUUGCACUACCGCUGACCACUUUCUGCAUACCUCGGGUAUGGAUGGCUUUUUUGGUGUUACCAGUUUGCUCAGUCACCAUAUAUGCCAAUGGUCUUGGGAUGGGUUUGAGUCUGGCGAAAAAUGGUUCUAAAAACCAAGUAAAACAAAUGCAAAAAAAAUAAAAAUACAUAACAGCCAGGAAGGUGGUGGCUGGGUGGGUCAGUCAGUUAGUUUACAGCAAGCUGAUUGACUGAAAUGCAAAGUGCAGCUUUUGGUGGAUUUAAGCUAUGGUCACACUAGGCUUUGUCUGUGCGAAAUUCUGUCAUGCGGUGCUGCGAAAAGGGGCGGGAUUAAACAAGAUGAUUAGACAAUAAAAAAGCUCCAAAUGGCUCCAUGUUUUAAAUUUCUGUCCAGAGAGGUCCUGUUUUGAUCCUUGAUUGGUCUCACGCAGUCAAGUGAUGCGAUUUCGCAGGUCAGAGUUCACCAAGCUUGAACUUUGCACCGCAGCGAACUGCGAAACUUAACGCAUGACCCUGCAUUUCUGGUCUGACGCAUUCGCGUGCGUAUAAAUGGAAGUCUAUGGGAGGAAAAGCCCGGUGUGACUGCAGCUUCAUAUGAGAAGUGGAUGUGAAAAUGGCAUAUGAGAGAAAUUUAAGGUCAUCAAAAAUGUACACAGCAGCCAAGGAGACGUAGCUCCGGGUGCAUCUUUUACAGUUCCCAUAAAUCUAGCCAUGAGUUCGUAUCCUCAAUGAGCUUGGGUUGGAAAAUGCAGUAACCAGAAAUAUCACAUACUUGCUUGUUGUCACACACAUACACAUUUAUAAAAUGUCAUACACAUUUAUAAAAAAAAAAAUUUAGCCUCAGUU